AUGAAAACAUGUGAAUUUACUCUAGACGAAUCAUGCCGACGCUUCGUAGAAGAGAAUGAGCUUGGAGCCGAUCCAAAGUUUCUGGAGGCUUUGUUCAUUCACAUCCUGACAAACGACCCAGACGCGAUCAUAUGGUUUACGGAAUAUGGAUUGGACAAUGUGGCCUUUUUCUACAUGGCUCUCGGUCUACCAUGUUCUUACCAAUUCUUGAAGAGAUGCGAUGAGCAACGCAUAUUGUAUGCGCUUCAAGAUAGCCUCCUGGUCUGUUAUCAUUCCGAGCAAAGAAAUCUUAUUGGAGAAUGUCGGGUAGAUGCUCAUAUAAAUAGUCGGACCAAUUCUGCUGGAAGUUCUGGAUCAGCUGCCGUGAAUGGAGCACCAACAGCAAGUCCAAGAGUUCCUAGUACUACAAACAACCGACAGAAUGGAUCUGCUCAAAAUCGAGUAGUGUCAAAUGGUGCAGAGGCACGGUCCGGACCAUCAAGAGAAAAGGGCGCUAGGAGCUUAGAUGGACCUUCUGGACCAGUUGUCGCAACACAUCAACGAUCAUCAGUUUCCGUAAAUGAGACGCCUCCGAUUCCAGUUGCAACAAACAGUCCAAGACCGGUCAGAAGCCAGCAAAAAGGUACUUCCUCCUCGAAUGUAGUCGGACCAUCAACUUCAGCCGCAGUUCCAGACGUCCCACAAUCUUCCAGAGCACCAGAAGUCAGAUCCACCACCAUCACCAGAGGGCUCUAUCGGCGAUCUACAAGUAGAAGAUCACGAUCAAAACGGUUGGCUUGA